UGAUUGAUGGUAUCUAGUUGAUAAAAAGAAAGAUUUUCGCCUCAAAUUUCUUCCAUUUCAAGUUUCAAGCUGACUGUGGGUAGAUCAGAAGCCACAGCAUCGGCAACAGCAGCCACAGUGUCGACAGCAGCAGCCACAGCGUCGACAACAGCAGCCAUUCCCUCAGCCACUCCAAAUUCGUAAACAGUGGGAGACAACAUGCAGACACCGACCACUGAUCAGUUUAAAAGAUUGAUGAAGGAGGUAUGCUGGAGCUGUCAGCUGUGUGUGAAGGAGAGGAGGUUCAGUCAGGUUAGCAAGCAGAACAUGAUGACGGUGGCCGGCAACUCGUCAGCCAAGAAACAUCUGAACAAGAAUCUCAGAGUGAAGUGCUGCGUGGAUGCUGCUGCUGAUGCUGCUGCUGCUGCAGGAGACUGCUGCAACGAUUGCGACGACCCCUGCCACCAAAAAGACAUUAAUCUUGGAUCUGUUCUUAGUAGCAAUAGUAACGUUAAUAGCAAUAGUAAUAACGUUGAUAAAGAAAUUGAGGAUGAUUUUGUUAUCGUUGAUGGAGAUGGUUUGAUAUUAGAUGAAGAUCUGUCUCUGAAAAACUUAACAACAACAGCGGCAGCAGCAGCAGCUACUUGUACUGCGUCCACUGCAACUACAUUUGCUGAACAGCAUCAGUCAGAACCGAAUGAACGUGCCAGUUCUGGUUUUGAAGAGAUGUCGUCAACAUCAUCGCUCGCAAGGAAUGGUAAGCAGCAGACCAGCAGCGACAACUCGAUUGUUUCGGGACAAGUUGCAAUCACAGGACAGCGUUGAUGAAGUUGCAAAGGGAGAGGUGGAGAAUGAUUAUCAGGAAGACGUUUUCUUCGAUCAUCACGCGGGUUACUCAUUGGCUGGAACUCAACUGAUGAAGAACAACGUGAAGCCCCACAGGGAGUAUGAGGACGACGACGACGACUGCUUGAAUCACGUCUACCACAUCCUUGCUUGCCAUCCAAAGUUCUACGAAUGCUUCACCUCGUGCCACAACCACAUCCUCUAUGGCUACGGACCACUGCCGCAUCAACAAAGGCAUUACCUGGCCAUUAUGGCAGCUUCGCGCCACACCUGCACCUACUUGGUCUCCAUGCUGAAGAACGAGUACCUGACAUUGGGAGGCUGCCCUGACUGGUUGGAGAGCGUUGAAAAUGUGCCCAAGAAGUUGAGGAGUUUGAAUGUGUUGAAUGCUUUGAUGGCCCACCGGCCCUGGUUACUCAACUACAAACAUGUUCAGGAGAUCGUGACGGCCAGCGAUGAGAAGUGGAUGAUUUCAGAGCUGGGCCAGGCCGCCGUAAUCCUCGCGCAUUUCCAUUCGCUGGCAAGUUUCGUGAUGGCUUCUGGUAUUCAUCUGGUACCCAACGACAGGGGUUCAACUAGUGCCCAAAGUUGUGGGGGCGCUUCUUCGUCUGGAUCGGAAGAAACUGAUUCAGUGUCUUUGUCAUCCGAUAUUGAGGUAGAUUCAAUCGUUGAACGAAUGAAGAAACUGCAAGAAACAUCUGUCAUGGUUACCUGCAACAGAUCAUCAUCAUCAUCAGCAGCAGCAGCUGCUGCUACGGAGUCCACUGUGAAGAAGAAGAUAAGUCCUGAAGUUUUGUUGGAGCAUUAUGAAGACAUAGAAUGUCAAUCAUGUCUCUUGCCGUUCAGCAAGAACAAAUCUAAUCAAAAGAAGCAGCAGCAGCAGCAGAAUUAUUUCCAGAACUUUUGUGAGAACAUCAAUUACCAAUACGAAGAUGUCGUUCACAAAUGCAGUCCGGACAGCAGCAACAACAUUUUUCAAAUUCGGGACUUUUCCUGGCCAGAUCAUGGUUUCUGUUUAUCGGAUCGAUUGUACCCUCAGAUUGGCCAGUUGCUCGAGGAUCGAUUCUCUGUCGCCCAACACCUGACCUACAACAACUUUGGUUACCAGCAAGAGAGAGUGGACACGUCAACCUUCAGACAAGCAGUUUGGAAUUUCGUCCAGAGCCUCUAUCACAUUCGACACGACGGCUACGAUUACGCAGUCAUCCCGCUCCUGCUGGACAAGAAGACGAGGACUUUUAUCAAAACUGUCGCCUGCAGACCGCAGAAUGUCACAAAAAAGUUGUUUGAAAGUUUCGGGAAGGAGCUGAGGCUCUCAGAGAAGAUCCACAUGAACGUCAUUGUGAUGGAGGCCAGGGUCCAAGCAGAGAUUCUCUAUUCACUCAGAACUCUUUCACAAUAUAUGACCAAGUCUUAGUAGUAGUAGCAGUAGUAGUAGUAGUAGCAGCAGUAGUAGUAGUAGUGAUUUUAAUGACGAUGAGCGUGUAGACGAGGAUGACUUGAA